GUAUGAAAAAUUCUCUAACCAUAAAUCACUUCAGCUUAACUACCUGAGGUAUAAGUAAGGUAUAUAUACAGGAUUUAUCUUCAAUGGAACCGUUGAAUGAGCUGCACAGGUUCACUUUGAAUUCCAAUUAUUUGAAUUUCAUUCCAAAGAAAUUUUGAUAGAAAGGUUUUAUCUUGGUGACGAGGGUUUUUAAAGAAUUCCUGGCGGGUUCAAGCCUUACCUGUGACUUCACUUAAUCUUCGAAUCGGUUUAAAGUCACACUCACACAUAUGUAUAUGCAUGCAAAAGAGUAUAGAUGGGCAUUUUCUCUCCCAUGGGGUAUUUAUAUAUGAGAGAGAAGAUUCGUUCUGAUGUAUCCGUGUUGAUAAUAUAAGUCAAUAGUUUUAAAGCCCGGUAGUUACGAUUGUGUGUGUGUGUUUAUAAAAGGUCUUACCAGGUGAUUGGGUUUUUUAACUGUCCAAGACAUCGACAGAACCAAGUUGAAGUGAUUUGACAGAUUUAACAUAUGGACUUUGUUUGGCUGUCUGUGAUGUAACGUGAAAAAUUCCAAAAACAAAAAAAACCCCAUCAACUUUGUAUCCAGAAUGUUUAUUUUAGUCAAAUACGGUAAUAACGAAACGCUCCUGUGCAAUCCAAGUUGUGCUGUGAUUAAUUUAUUGACCAAUAUCAAAAGGCGAGCUGGAUAUGGAAAUUCUAAUCUAACGGUUGAUCUCUCUGACGAAACAGGCUUAGUAAAGGAACUUGACAACCAUCACCAUGAUUACGCCAACAAAUAUCUGACUUCACAUGAAACCUACAUUCUAGUCCAAAAAGAACUUCAAUCGGACAACACCUCUGUAGAAUCGGGAUCCACGCCUAACCAGAAUUUCCAGUAUAAACCACUGUUGGAAAAGUUUGAGGAACUUUUCCCCAACUACAAACUUCAUGUAGAUCAUAUUCCGCCUAAAGUGAUAAAGAAACGUCCCGGAAAAUCACCUAGUCCAGCUGGUAGAUUCGCUCCAAAGUCUAAAACGAAGACUGUCGAGACUAUAUCUAAGAAAACUGUCAGUAAAAAGCGAUAAUAUACAAACUGACGAUUUUCUGAUAUGCUUAGCACCAAUGGCAUGUAAAGACAUGAACAAGUCAUGUUUAAAUGGAAUUGUUGAAUGCGACACCAUUAAAUUGUUUUCAACGAAAAUCAAUAUUAAUUUGAUACAUAUAUAAUAAUUAUGUAUCCUUACUUGUGAUAGUGUAUGUGUACUUCCCAGUUUUCUCUGAUGUUUUUUUUUAAAGCAAUAUUUUUUCCCUUCUACGUAUUUCUGGAUACGUAAUUGAACACUCUGGGGUAUUGAACAUUAGUGAAUCACUGUUCCAACUCAAUUGGAAAUCAAAAUUAUAAAAGAUAGCGUGUAGCAUUAUUGAUGACUGAUAAUGUGCCUUAAUAAUUUAUGUAUUGACAUUGUAUUUUCACAUUUUUCAUAUUAUUGAUUUUAAAAGGCUUUUAUCUAAAAUAAACUUUUCAAAUGAA